AUGAACACCGCACAACACCAAGCUCCCAUGCUCGUCCCAGCCGCAGUCCAUGACCCAGCAGCGCCCGUAGCUGCUGCACCCGCACCCGUCGCACCCAUGUCCCAAGCAGCAAACCCAAGCUACACCGAAAAGUCAUCCCACGCCGCGCCCAUGACACAAGGCGGUGUAGGCACGGCUGCAGGAUCUGACUGGACACAGGGAUUCUGCGAGUGCUUGAAUCCUAUUGAUUUGUGUGUCACCACCUUCUUCUGUCCUUGCAUCACCUAUGGCAGGUUGCAAGAACGCGCUGCCAACCCAACCUCUCGACAGCAACCAGAAAUGGUCAAUGCACAGUGCGGCUUGUAUGGUGCACUCUUGUGCUGUGCUGGUUUCCAGUGGGUCUUGGGAUGCAUGGGACGUACUGCUCAUCGCGAGAGAAUGGGUAUUGAAGGCUCGACAGGCAUGGAUUGUGCCUCGCACUUCUGCUGCUCCUGCUGCGCACUCAUCCAAGAGACAAAGGAGAUGGACCACCGAUACGGCCAGCUCGAGGGCUGA